GGUGUUAACAGGGAAGUGGUGAAGCUGAAGGUGUCACUCUGCUGUCAGUCGUCAUUCCGACAACAUGAAGACUUCAGGAGUGUCUCUGCUCCUCGGUGUGUGUGUGCUGCUGCUGUCUGCACUGACUGUUUCUGCAGUCUCUCUGACCGUCAGUCCAAACCUGCAGCAGUUCUUCACAGGAGCCUCAGUGUCUCUGACAUGUGAAGGUCAGCUGGGCUCUGAUGGAUGGAUGGUGAAGAGGGACACAGGAAGUGCGACUGAGUCAUGUGGAGCAGGUGGGCGGGGCUUCGGGAGGUUCAAUGGUUCAUCCUGUUUGUUUGAUGAGUUCAAGCCAGUCAGUGGAGUUUACUGGUGUGAAGGUGAAGCUGGAGAGAAGAGUGAAGAAGUCAACAUCACUGUAUCAGAUAAACAUGUGAUCCUGGAGAUCCCUGCACUUCCUGUGAGCACAGGAAGUGAUGUCACUCUACGCUGUAAAAAGAAAACUGGUGGCACAGCUGCAGCUUAUUUCUAUUUCAAUGGGUGUCUUGUUAGACCUAAAUCAGAGAAAAACGUCACCAUUAACGUGCAGCAGUCUGAAGAAGGUCUCUACUACUGUGCUACUGAUGAGUUUGGAUCAUCUCCUCAGAGCUUUCUGAGGGUCAGAGGUCCUUCAACCACAGCCUUGUUUACAACAACAAAAGAAGCAACAACAACCAUAACGUCACUGACAAACACUCAUAUCUCCUCUUCUUCUACCCUUCUUUCUCCUCCCCCUUCUCCCUCUCCCCCCUCAUUCUUUGUAUUCCCAAUUGUAGCUGCUAUAGGUUUUCUGGUGCUAUUGGUUCCGGUUCUGUUUGUACUUCAUCUUCUGUGGAAGAAACGCACAGGGAGAUACCAGUCAGCUACAACAAAUGAUGUCACCUAUGCUGAGGUCACCAGUAGAGCCUGGACCAAUAAGACUCCAGUCAGCGAACCUGAAGUACUUUACUCCAGUCUGCGGACAAACACUACAGGAAGCUGAGGACAGACCUGAAGACUUCCUGUGGACAGUCUCACCGUGGGAACAUUUACAGCCAGUCAUUAGCUUCCUCCGUUCUUCAUUCACUCCCAUUCAUUCACACAGUGAUGUCAUUUUGGGAGCAAGUGGGGAAGAUGUCCUGUUUCCUGUUCCUCCUGAGGAACCAGGUUUGAUGAGGAACUAAAGAAAUCAAACUGCUGCUGGUUUGAGUCUCUGCAGCUUGAACUGUGACAAAGGUCUUCUGCGAGGUGAAGAAUCGUCACUUUCAGGAGCUGCUUCCAUCAUUUCAAACUGAUCAAUACUCUGAACUUAUGAACACUCAUGUUUGACAACGAAUGUCCUGUGAUGGUCCUUAAUCUUUGACCUAGUUUUUGUGUUUGUUAUGGACUAUGUGUUUACUUGUUCUCUUGUUUGGAUGUUUCCAACCUUUCUUCUAUAUUGGUGUCUCAUGAGCUCAGGUUCCAUAAGUUGUCAGUCUUCAUUAUUUAUAUUUCUUAUUCUGUAUUUCGUGUUGUUCAUGUUUAUUUCCUUCGUGUCCAGUCUGUGCCAGUCUCUUCUCUGUGUUUUGUUAUUCUUUCAGUCUCUCCGGUCAUGUACCUUCGUUUGUCUGUUUUCUCUGUGUUCUGUCUCAUUGUUUUUGUAAUCCCAUCCCUGUGUUUUCUCCCUCCAUGUUCAUCUCUCUGUAUUUUUACUCAUUUGUCUCCUCAGUCAGUCAUGUCUCAGUGUGUUUAUUCUUCUGCGUCUAGUUCACAUAUAUUAGUCCUGGUCUCUAUGUUUGUACUUCCUGUUUUGUUUGGAUAGUUUUUCAUGCUAUGUGUGUUGUGCCCAGUUUUGCUUCCUCCUUCUCUUUAGUAAUUAGUUCCAGUUGUGUUCCCAACUAUUGUCAAACCUCUCAUUAUCCUGUGUGAGUAUUUAAGUCCUCAGUCUCUCUCGUGAUAUCCUGUUUUGCUGUGUUCUUCUGUGAGUUCUAUGUUUCCUUCGUAGUUUCCUGUUUAUACUCUCUAAUUUUUCUUUGUUUGUUUCUCUUGUAUUUUUGUGUUUCUUUCUGAAUAUCUAGUAACAGCCAUAAAGCUGCCUCUUUCAGCCGACCCCUUUGUUUCCAAGUCCUGCAUUUAGGUCUUGCCUCUGCCUGCCACACAGCUGUUCAUGACAGGCACAGAAAACGAUUUUGAGCCUAGAAGUAAUAAAUGCAUGAACUAGUUUUUCAGCAUCACUCUGAGACAGGAUAUUUCUAAUUUUAGAGAUACUGCUCGAAUGGAAGAAAGCAAUCCUACAUAUUUGUUUAAUAUGUGCAUUAAAGGACAUAUCCUGGUCAAAAAUGACUGGUUUCAUCUCAAAGCUGGCCAGUUGGACAGGAAACAAAACAAGAUGUUAUUUACAUAUGAGCAUCACACUUUACCUGAAAUGCACAAAGAAUCACCUAAUAAUAGAAAACAGUUUCAAACCUGCAGGAUUAAAGUGAUGAAAGUUUGUUUUUACCAUGAUUUAAAUUUGUCUCAUAAACAUCCAAAACCUGCUGAAGGUUCAGAACUGAAUCUCAUGCAGUAAAGUCGAACAUGUGGUGAGACUGAGUCAGUGAAGCUUCAUUCCCAGUUAGUGUCUGUAACACGACGACUGAACAAGAAAGCAGAUGCCCUCUUUUCAUCAAACAGGAAACCACAGCUGCUGGUCUGUUAUGUAGACGAUGUUUCCUCUAUUAAGAACUAAUUUUCCACUAUGUGGACAGAGUCAGUAAUCGUCCUGUGUCUCUCAGAGUUUCAUUGUUUUGUUUUCAUAUCUAAAUGUUGCCAUCAGUCACUGUUUGGGCACCAAACCUUAAACAAGCAUGUCAAAAAUAAAUCUACAUUAGUGAUGCAGAAACAUCAAACCAGCAGGAUCUCUCUGUGCACUGAGAACACUGACUGAGGCUGAGGUGAUGUGAUGCAGUGGGUUGUCUUCUAAAUGUGUCUUCUUGUCUGCAUGCUGAAGUAUUCUUGGGCAAGAUACUGAACCCCAAAUUUCUUCUUUUUUUUUUCCUUUUUUUUUUAUA